AGUAGCUGUAUCAUUCAGCAUCUGAAACUGCACACAUCAGCUCACACAGGCGCGGCGGGGCGUAGUAACAACUCGUGUGUGUGUCACGCAGUUCCGAAGCAGCCGUUUGCAGUCGUCUUCGAGAAGUGUUGUUCGUCUCUCCUCCCUUUUAAGCAAGAAGAAAGUAGAAGCAAAAGCCCAUCGUCUCCAGACGCACGCACCCACGCGCACUUCAAAACUUGACAGCGUGCGUACAUUAGGAAAAAUUUGUUCUUGUAACACUUGAAAUUAUCUUUUUUUUUCGGCUUACCUCUUUAGCAGCUGGUGGAACUUUCCCCAGACAGCACGCGGCUACAACUUGGAACUUGCUGUGUUUCUCUGCGUUGCCACUCGCCCUGCCGAUCAUUUUUAUCUUCCGUCUGCGCUCUCUUAAUACUACUAUUGUUAUUAUACGCUUGGUAUAGAGAGAGAGCCGACCGAUCUCUUUCAUCCACUUAGCGUGUGUGUCUGUGUGUACGUGUUUCUGACGUUGUUUACGAACUCGUCUGAAAGGAACCCAUCACGGUCUCCAAUGACGGACAGCGUGGAAAAACACGAAGCAGUCGCAGCCUUCGAAGAGAAGUCGGCCAUCGGCAGCACCGAGCCGAAGCCCACCCCCACGUCCACCACAAUGGGCUACGUAAAGUGCUCCCUGUGCAACCAGAUCGUCGAUGAUGAGGUGACGCACGUGGCAACGGAGCACCGACACCUCCAGCACAUCUACACGAUGCUCCGCGUACCCCUUGCCCCACCCUCAAAAAGAAGGUCAGACGAUGCGGAUCUGCACGCCAUCGGCGUCUUUGCCAUGUCAGCGUCGCAGAAUGCGGAUCGUGGGGCGGAGGCUUUUCAGGUAAUGCAGCGUGCGCAGAUGCAGCUUCAACGCUUGACGGACGGAAUACAAAGCAGCCACGGAUGCGUGUACGCCUUUGGCAGCGUCGUGUCGAUGGGUUCGUGGGACGGCGUGGGAGAUGGCGACUUCGCCUUUAUCGAACCGACGUGGUUCUACACCCCUCCGCGGAGUGGGCAAACCGUCAUUGUCGAGGCGAGUGAGGACGCGGGCGAGGAAGAGACGGAUGACCGACAGGCGGACGGAGACGCAGCGGGGGUUCCAGUAAUUGAAGAUGAGGUCAGUGAUAGCAUCACGGACGCUGGCGCCGCUACGACGGAUGCGGCACUGGCAAUCCCUGUGGAACAGGUGGCCCCCAAUAAUCUCAGCGGGCAAGUACUGUCCCCUGAGCGGGAGAAGGGAAUUAUCCGCAGCUUGACCGCCCGCCUGCGUGACGCCGGCUUCCGUUUUGAGGAGUUAGACCCCGUCCUGCACACCCGCAUCCCCGUAGUGCGGCGCAAGCGGCCGACGCACGAGCCGCUGAAACUGCGAGCCAUGCGUCAAGACCACCUCAUCCGUGUCAGCUUUGAACGCUUCAACAGCGAAGAGGAAUUUUGCCGUGGCCGCCUGCACACGCUGCUCUCCACGUACAACGCACGAGUGGUGCAGGACGACGGUUGGAGCAAGCGCGGGCGUCAGCUUGUCCUGGCCGUACCGGACGGCUGCGACGCGGUGCACUUGAUGAGUCGGCGCGAGCGCAUCCCGGGGGUGCGGAAGGAGUGGCUGCAGCAGCGUCGCACGCCGGAGAUCUUCGCCGUCGACUUCGACCUGUCCUGCCGCUUUCACGGUAUUCGCAACAGCUGGCUGCUGCGGCGGUACAUGGAGCAGGACGAGGUGUUUCGCGUAGGCAACGUGUUUCUGAAGAAGUGGAGUAAGGCGUGCGGCAUCAACAACUCACGUGUCGGCUUCCUGACCUCCUACGCCGUCUCGGUCCUGUGGGUGUACUUUCUGCUACGCCGCGGGGCGGCUGCCUUUGUGGCCCCGGCCGAUGUUCCAAUCCUGCCCGACCCGGAGAAACAGAUGGAGGUGCCGUACAUGCCGCUGUGGCCGGCGCUGGGCGACGCUGACGCCGACGCGGCACGCACCAUCCGCCUCGGUGCUCUCCUGCGCGACUUUUUCUACUUUUACGGCGAAGAGUUUGACUGGGCAACCCAGGUGGUGUCGAUCCGCCAGCCGUGCCGGGGCAGCGCGGAGGUGCGCACCAAGCGGGACUUAAACUGGCUCUUCGAUGACACCCUCAGCCUGCUGCUGCGCGACCGCUGCUAUCACAUCUUCUCGAUUGAGGACGUGUAUGAGGACGACUUGGAUUUGGGCCGCCACCUGACGGAGGACAAGGCGGCGUGGACGCGGCUGCAGUUUCGCCUGGCGUACGCGCGGUGUGGGAAAGGGACGGCGCAGCUGAUGUGCCUGCUCGACGUGCCGCGGAAGCGCGCUAGCGACGUGCUGCGGGUGCGGCUGUUCGAUUACCUCCUCCUCGACGCCGAGGACGCGGACUCCGCUGUUGGCGACCUCGAUGAGUGCCUCUGCCGAGAGGACGAGGACUUUCCUGGCGAAGACCCGGUCUACCUUCUCGCCGCCUACGAGCUGGGCAACCGUCUCUCAGACUUAUGGUACGACAAGGAGCAAAUCGGGCUGGACGUGUCUAACCACCGCAAGCACGACCGCCGCGCGAACCUGUACGUCCCACCGGAGGACCCGACGGCGCACGGGGAGUGGGGGCUGCUCUGCACCGAUCCGCUGCCGGCGGGCAGGGGUGCCGGGAGCGAUAGAGAAAGAAGUGAGCGACGAGUGCAGCUGCAGCCGCCGCGGGCGUGCGAAACCAGUCAGUCCCUUUUCGGCCAGCUUGUGGCGGUGGGUGCGCCGAAGCGACAGCGCGAGGUUCGCCUCACCAAGGCGCGCAACCAAUACUUGGAAGUCAAGCGCGGGUUUGCGAAGCAGAAAGAGGAGGCCAAUGCAAGGCAGCAGGCAGCCACGCCCAGUUGCGGGGUGGUGGGCAUGGUGAUGCCCAAGUCUGCCAAGGAGUCCGCGUUCCCGCACUGCUUCUACACCCUGCAGACGCACCGCCUCUUCAGCUCGUACCACGCGCGUGAAGUCUUUUUGCAGUGCCUCGAAGAUGUCGCGUGGGAGGUGACACGUCUGCACGAAGAAGGAGAGGCGGUGCAGCUCGACGCCGGGGCGGGCGCGACGGUGGACGAUCGUCACCGUCUCUUCGAGCACUUGAUGGGCCGCCUGCGCUUUACGGCGAUGGCGCUGCCCGGCUACGAGGAAGUGCUCUUCUUCGCCACCGUCGUGAGCUCCGAUUAUGUGCAGCUUCAAAGGCAUCAAGAUGUGACGGUGUUCCUCCCCUCGCCGCUGCUUCUCCACAUUGUCGGCGCUGACGGGAGCGCGCCGGACACGCCGAUGGUGACGGCGACGGCGAGGGGAGGAACAGCAUUAGAAGCAGCAACGGGAGCGGCGGCGCCCUCCGCUCUGCCCCACUUCCCGGCAGCUCGCCCAGCGCAGCGGGAUGGCAAGGAAGCGAAGAAGGAUAGUGCGCGGUUUGGUGCGAAGCCUGUUGUGGCCGUCCCGCCGCCCUUGAAGAUGAAUCCGGCGGCGAAGAAAAUCGGGACCUGUGGUGAGUGCGGGAAGACAAGAGUGGAGAUAUUCCCCUCCAACCUCCCCGAGCGUGAUGCCGGCUUUUACUGCGCCAAAUGCUGGAGUCGCUAUUGA